CUAAAAGAAAUUAUUGUUUCAAAUUAAACUCAUAAUAAUUGAUGAACAGUGAUGAAAACUUGAUAAAAUAUUGACGGAGAAACACGUUUUUUUUUUAUUUUAAAAUAAAAAAACUCUUAACAGUUUUAAAAUAUUAAAUAAUUUGUACACAAUAAUUGUGAUUUAUGAAUAAUUAAAAAUUUAUAGAAGUGAAACUUACUUAGUAUGCAUAAUAUUAAGAGUUUUUAAAUUAUAUUGUGAAUUCAAGACACCAUUAUUCUAAAAAUUUCUUUAUUCAAAAUAAAUUUGCCUGAUAAAAAUAAAAAAAAGGCACAAAAAUGGAAUCUGGUUUCGAAGAUCAAAUUUUUAGUGAUUUUCCUGGGCCGAUGAGUCCAUUAGGACCAAAACAACUUCAUCAUCAUCAUCAUCCAACACAUCAUACACAUCAUCAUCCAACACAUCAUCAAUCAACUGGUCAUAUACAAUUAAUGUUGGGUAUGCCACCGCCAACAUCAUCAUCAGCAUCAGUUUCUUCAUCAGCUACAGCUGUUGUAACAGCAGCAGAAUUAUGUCAUUUACAAAGAUUACCGGAAGUUAAUAGUAUUUUACCGGGUGGAUCACCUAAAAUGAUAUCAACAUCAGAUCCAUAUAUAAAAGCAACAACAAUUGAUUAUGGUAAUGGAAAAAUUGGAUGUUUUACACCAAGUCCUAAAUAUGAUUAUAUAACUGCACAUCAAUAUUCACCGUCGGGUGCUAGUGGUGGUAGUGGCGGUGCCGGUACAAUUGUUCAAACACAAAAAUUACAUGAUUAUGGUAAAUUAGAUUAUCAGAGUCCAAAUUGUAAAAUUGAAUAUUCACCAUCACCUGGACCACCUACAUCACAUCAUCAGCAUCAACAACAUCAUCAUCAUGGUAAUAAUGGUAGUAAUAAUGGAUCAAAUAAAUGUAUUGAUUAUGAACAAAUGCAAAUGUUUAGUAAUGCUGGCGGUGGGCCAGGAAAUGGAAAUCAACAACAGCAAUCUCUAUCAUCAGCUUUAAAUAGUGCACAUCAUCAACAAUUAGCUCAAUCACAACAAACAUUAGCAAUUGUUGUUAGUGGUGGCGGUGGUAAUGGUAGUGGUGGUGGUGGUAGUUCAACUGGUGGCAAUAGUAACGAUAAUAUUCAAGCAAAUUCAAUGGAUAAUCCAAAUAUUAAUGGAAUUGGUAAUAAUAAUAACGUUAAUAGCAACGGCAACAAUAAUAAGAAACAAAAACUUUCUAUUGAUGAUGGUAAUUGUAUUAGUUCAACUGGUGGUAAUGGUUCACAAACUGUUACAACAACUGAUUCAUCAGCUGGAACAACAAUUAAGAAAAAUGAUAAGAAAAAAGGUGAUCCCAAUGGUGUUAAAAAAAAGAAAACAAGGACAACAUUUACGGCAUAUCAAUUAGAAGAAUUGGAACGUGCCUUUGAAAGAGCACCAUAUCCGGAUGUAUUUGCUAGAGAAGAAUUAGCAUUAAAAUUAAAUUUAAGUGAAAGUCGUGUUCAAGUAUGGUUUCAAAAUCGUCGUGCAAAAUGGCGUAAACAUGAACCACCACGUAAAACUGGUUAUAUAAAUACAGCAAGUACAACUGUUGCAACAGCAUCUGGAACUUUAGGUACUAAUUUAACAACACCAUUUGCAACAUUUCAACAAGCGACUACAGUUACACCACCUGGUAGUGUUGAUAGUUGGACAAGUUAUCAACCACCAUAUGAAUUAAGUUCACAUUUUAAUCUUUUAUCACCAAAUAGCCCUUAUGGAUCAUUUACAACAAGUCAAUAUGGUACAUAUGUUCAUGAUAGUCAAUGGUUUACAGUACGACCAACUUAUGAUUGUGGUAGUCCACCAAGAUUAGAUUUAGCUAGCGGUGAAGUUAUUGAUACCGGUGGUGGUGGUGGUGGCAGUAAUAGUGGUAAUGGUGGUCAUCAUCAUAAAACAACAAAUGACCAUCCAUAUGGUACAUUGGAUGAUGGACAAAUGGAUAGUGUUAAUGGUACAAUAACAAUUGUUGGUCCUAAUAUUCCCACAAAAUAUUUAGAUGAACAACAACAACAACAACAUUCAGCUAAUAAAUAUUUACAUACAACAUCAUCGACAUCAUCAACAUCAGGAAAUAAUAUUAAUAGCCUUGAUGAUAAUAAUAAAUAUCAAACAAGUUGUCAUGUUGAACAAGAUCAAUCAACAAUUACAUUAAAACAUAAUCAACAUCAACAGCAACAACAUCAACAAACCGGAGAGAAUACUUCACAACAACAGCAACAACAUAUAAUACCACAUCAUCAACAACAAUAUUCAACAGUAUCAGUAUCAUCAGCAUCUAUAAUUGGAAUAUCAGCAGUAUCAUCAUCAUCAGUUGGAAUAGGAGGAACAUCAGUAUCAUCAUCAUCGUCAUCAUCAUCAUCCUCAUUAAAUAAUAUAAAUAUUGUUAAUAGUUCUAUUGGUAAUAAUGGAAAUAAUAGUACUGGUGGUGGUGGUAGUACUGGUGGUAGUGGUAUUAAUUUAAGUGGAAAUGGUAUUUCUAUUGCAACAACAUCAAAUAUUAGUAAUAAUAAUUCAACGGUUAGUGGAAAUUGUACACCUUCAGGUAAUAUUGUACAUGAUGAUACAAAUGGAAAUAAUUCUGUUACCAUUAUUGGUACAACAAAUACAUCAUCAGCUGGAACUGGUGUUGGUGUUAUUAGUAGUGGUGGUGGUAAUAGCGGUAAUAUUGUAACUAGUAUUGGUGAUCCAACAAUGUCAUCAGUAAUUAAAAAUGAUGAUACAACGACGACAGGAGCCGCAACAGUUACACAUUAUGUUUUGCCAUCAUUUUUACAUUGACGGUAGAAGGAAAAUAUCUGUUUUUUUUUUAUAAUUUUUUUAUUUUUGUUCUUUUUUGGUUCCUAUAUUUUCUGUUUUUAUCUUCUGGAAAAACAAACAAGAUGGUUUUUCAAGCUGUCUAUAGGUAAAAUAUAGUCAACAAAAUUGAUGAUAACGUGAAAAUUCGAGUAAAAUAUUAAAAAAAUAAAAUUUAAAUAUUAACACUGAAUAUU